CAAAAACACAGAUCUCAUUUCUUGUGUCAGGGGAGGCUAAAAUAAACAAUGGCUGAAAAAAAGUUCAAAGGAGCCCCGUUUGGAACACAGACAUCGAGGUUUGAUGUGUCAGCGGUCCAUCCAGCCAAUAAGAGAGUAGGGACCUACACCGAGAUCCCCUACUGCAAAAAUAUGACCAAUGGCCUGGAGCGGCGGCUGGGCCCGGGGUCGUAUGAUGCUGCACGCCGUGGGGACUUCAGUGAACGGUCGGUGGCAGAGCGGGCCAAAGGGCCGGGGUGGCAGAGGGCCCAGGAGACUGCUAGGUUGGCAGCCAUACCUCACCUCCUCUACAGGGAGGCCUGGGAAAACAAACGCUUCCUGAAAACUAAAGUGGGUCCAGGAACCUACAGAGUAGCAGACUUUAUAGAGGAGCUGCAGAAGAAACCAGGCAGUGUGAGAGGAGUGUGUGACAGCAGGGAAGAGCGGUUCAGAAACGCACAGAGCUGGACGCCAGGCCCUGGUUGCUAUGGUAUUGGGGGUGUUCCAUGGGCAGCGCUGGAGGAGAAGAGGUCGGGGUCAAAUGGGGCUCCCAGCAUGCACCUCAGCUCCUCGCUGCAACGCUUCCCAGAAGGCAACAGUACGGACUGUGGGCUGAGUCCCUGUACCUAUACUCUAAAGAGCAGCACAGAGGCGUUGUUGGCCAGCGGCAGCAGCAGGAGAGGUGCAUAUGACCUCUUCACUGGACCACGAGACAAACCCAUCACCGCUGGAUACUUCGCUACCCCGAAGUGUGUAAAUCUAACUCCAGGGGAGUACCCUAGUGGGUGUGGGGGCUUUGGAGAGGAGUUGUGUCGUCGUGAAAAGCGGAACCACGGUGUGUUUGGAAUGUUGGAUCAGUACCCAGUUGUUCCAACAGAGAGAAUCUACCACAGCACCCCGUCCCAAUGCCCUCGACCUGCUACGUUCCCAGGGCCAGGGUGGUAUGAAGUCGUCUCUCCACAGUCCCGUCCAGAGAGUCACACCCAUCCCCCCUUCCUCUCCUCUGCCCCCCGUGCCAGCCGUAGGACAGAGAGAUUGCAGAACGGAAAUUAUAGCAUGGUUGGUCCUGGUCGUUAUGACAUUGCAGAAAAGGGGCGUAGUAAGACUGACAAUGGCUACACCUCCUCCUUCAGUUCCCGGACACAGAGAUAUCUUCACAAACCAGACAGAGACAAACACACACAGGAGAGGUUGCGUGCGAUAAAUGUUCCGGUGGACAGACUGAGUUUCCUGGUGCCGCCCGGAAGAAACACUUUGAUGAAAUCAGUUUAGACACACACACAUCGAAGCAGUAUUGAACAAAGACUCUGGAUACAUGUUUUACAACCCAUCAGAUUUCAAGUUUAGUUUUUCAACUAUAUUAAAAUCCAAAUUGAUCAACAUGA